AUGGCCUCUGCUCUGCAACCAUUACUCCCGCAGCGUAAUACCAGAGUAUUCCUCCCCCGACUCUUUUCUGACUCCGUGGACGAGUCUCUCAUCGUUAGGUGGAGAAGAUCAACAGUCAACUUUUUAACUUCUCGAUGGGGUCACUACCUUGUGCUCAUGCUGGUUACGGUCGACGUUUGCUGUAGCUUUUCGGAAUUUCUUAUCAAGCUGCACGUCUGCGAGUUGAAACAGAAUGGUUAUGGCGUGGACCGAGAAUGGGGAAUCACUGAGGAGGCCCUAGGCAUUGCCGGUCUUGUGAUUUCAUGUCUUUUCAUGUUGGAGUUGACUGUGUCAAUUCUCGCUUUUGGAAUGGGCUAUUUCGCGGACUGGUUCCACAUCUUUGAUGCGCUGGUGAUCGUUGUCGCCUUCGUCAUCUCAGUCUCACUUCAGGGCAUAGAAGAGGAAGUGGGCUCUCUCGUCAUUGUUUUGCGUCUCUGGCGCGUGUUCCAGAUCAUCGAGGAGUUAAGCUCCGCCAGUCAAGAUACGAUGGAACAGUACGAGCAUACGAUAGAAAACCUUCGAGAAGAGAAUUCCAGUCUCCGACAGAGGUUGAACUUGAAUUCUGGAGCAAACGAAGAUGCGGCCUAG